UGUGUGUAUAAUGGGUAUGUAUACAGAAGUGUAUGUGUGCGGUAUGUAUGUUCAGGUGUACAAGCUUUAUGUACGUGUCUUAUAUAUAGGCGUGUGUGUAUACACAGAUGUGUAGCGUUUCAGCAGUGUAUGUAGAUGUAAAGGUUAUAGUUUUGUGUAUAUACUUAGACUAUAGGUGCACACAGAUGUGCAGGAGGUAGGUAUGGUGCCUUAUAUCUAUAUGACACCCCCGCCCCUCAUGUCUUGUUCUCCCGGCAGCGGGUCCGUACGUGUCCAUGGAGCCGGGCAGUAUAGAGAACCUGCGGCUGCUGUACCAGAGCCCGGACUUCCUGGUGGUGAACAAGCACUGGGACAUCCGCAUAGACAGUAAGAUGUGGUAUGAGAAGCUGACCGUCCAGCGGCAGCUCAUGCACCGGUUCCCCGAGCUCGCCGACCCCGACACCUACUAUGGCUUCAGAUUCUGCCAUCAACUUGACUUUUCAACCAGCGGGGCUCUCUGUGUCGCCCUCAACAAGGAAGCCGCAGGGCGGGCGUACAAGUGCUUCAAGGAACGUACCGUCACCAAGGCGUACCUGGCCCUGGUCAGGGGCAUCGUUGCAGAGAACCGCAUGACAAUUACCCGGGCCAUUGGCAAGAACACGCAGGACGGUCUGACACACAUGAUGUGCGUAGAAGGGACGGAGGGAUGCGAGAAUCCGAAACCUUGUCAGACCGACCUCCUCGUCCUGCAGCGUGGAUUAUACAAAGGCGAUCCGGUCACGAAAGUCUUAUUACAGCCGCUAACAGGCCGCACCCACCAGCUCAGAGUCCACUGCAGCGCUCUGGGGUACCCCAUCGUGGGGGAUUUUACCUACAGCUUUAAGACAGACACAGAGCCCUAUAGGAUGAUGCUUCAUGCCCACUACCUGCGCAUCCCCAAUGAUCGAGAGCUCAUUGAAGUCAUGGCGCCUGACCCCUUCCAGCCGGAGCUGGACCCCAGCUGGGCACCCACAGAGACCAUCCACUGCCUGAGCGACGCCAUGGCUGAAACCGUCAGCAAGGCGGUGGAGUCAGUCUGUAAGGAAGAGGUGCGGAAACCGCCAGAGCGCAAGAAGGAGACGGAGCAGGAGCGAGCUGUGUGUGAGCAGUGGUUGUCGGAGUGGGCCGGUGAAUAAUCCGCUAUGUCCCAGUGAUGCUUUACUGUAUAGUCAGAAUAUUGCCCUGCACCCCCGUCACCUCGCCCGAGUACCAUUUUAGCAGUAGUUCUCUGCACUCACAGGACCGCAAUGCACCGCUUCUUACCUGUCACAGCACUUCACCAGCAAAACCGCAUCUGCGACUGCUUGUGCGUUUUUAAUCCGCGAGAAAAGAGUUGUCAGUGAGGACAACUGCGUUUUUAACAGUUAGACUUGUCCGUGACUUACCUAAAGACUAUGUGGUGAAGAAAGGGUGGAAGGUCUUACGGGUAAAUGUAAGUCCCCGGUCGUUCUGCCUGUCGGGGAGCUUCCAUAAAAGUUGGCAGUGGUCACCCAGCUUUCUUGAACUGUGACAUAGCAGAUCUUCUUAGCUAUGCCCUGAUACGCCCAUCUCAAUAUGGCUGCAUAGUUGGGUAGAUUUGAUCUUCGGGAGUCUGAAAAAGCGGUGUGACAACGCUCGUAAGAUCAGUGGUUGGGGGGGGGGGGGGGUAUUGCUACAGAACUAAGCAAAUUUGCUGUUCUAGGGGCUGGAAAAGCUGGGUGAGGGUGACCAUCCCUGUUAUGGUAAAUUUGAUUUUACCUACCAAUAUUUUACCAGUUUAACCUUCAGUUGGGGCAAAAUGUCAGUUUUAACGUUUAAGCUUAAAUUUUCGGACUCCAAUAAUCCCCAAAUUUGGGUCAGGGCAAAAUGGGGGG